GAGCCGGGAAUAAACCGGGGACAAACCGGGAACGGGCCGGGAGCCGGAGAAGAAGGAUGGAAAGCGCCCCCGUGCUGCUGGAAUCCAAGUCCUCCCCCAUCAACCUGCUGAACGAGAUGCAGCAGCUGCGGCUGCUGGGCCACCUGUGCGACGUCACGGUCAGCGUGGAGUACCAGGGCGUGCGCGCCGAGUUCCCGGCGCACAAGGCCGUGCUGGCCGCCACCAGCAAGUUCUUCAAGGAGGUUUUCCUCAACGAGAAGCCCGUGGACGGCCCCCGGAGCAGCGUGUUCCUCAACGAGGUGCAGGUGGCGGAUUUCGCCUCCUUCCUGGAGUUCGUGUACACGGCGCGCGUGGAGGUGGAGGAGGACAGGGUGCAGCGCAUGCUGGAGAUCGCCGAGAAGCUCAAGUGCCUGGACCUCUCCGAGACCUGCUUCCAGCUCAAGAGGCAGAUGCUGGAAUCCGUGCUGCUGGAGCUGCAGAGCUUCUCGGAGUCGCAGAAUUCCGAGGAGGAGAGCGCCGCCGCGCCCGAGCGGGAGCCUCCGGACUCUUCCGCGGGCGUGCCCGGCUGCGGGGAGCCUCCCGAGGCCGCCAAAGCCAAGGAGAAGGCGGACAAGAAGAAGGAGGCGCCGAAGGCUCCUUACGCCAAGAUCCGCAGGGCGAGCGGGCGGCUGGCGGGCAGGAAGGUCUUUGUGGAGAUCCCGAAGAAGAAAUACACGCGGCGGCUGCGCGAGCAGCAGCGGAGCUCCGAGGAGGAGACGCCGCCAGAGGCGGAGCGGGAGGAGCGCUCCGGCACGGCCGAGGGGAGCUCCGCGGAGAAGGAAGACGACAGGAAGCGGCGCGGCGGAGGCGCCGCCGGCGGUGGCGGCGGCGGCGCCUUCAAGUGCGCCACGUGCCAGAAGGAAUUCCUGUACGAGAAGAGCUUCCUGAAGCACGUGCAGCAGAGCCACGGCGGCGCGGCUUCGGCGGCGUCGUCGACGCCCGAGUUCCGCUGCGAGACGUGCGCGCAGACCUUCGCCAACCGCUGCAACCUGCGCAGCCACCAGCGGCACGUGCACAGCAGCGAGCGGCGCUUCCCGUGCGAGCUGUGCGCCAAGCGCUUCAAGCGCGGCAAGGACGUGCGGCGCCACGUGCUGCAGGUGCACGAGGGCGGCGGCGAGCGCCACCAGUGCCCCCAGUGCGGCAAGGGGCUCAGCUCGCGCACGGCGCUGCGCCUGCACGAGAGGACGCACACGGGGCACAAGCCCUACGGCUGCCCCGAGUGCCAGGCCAAGUUCUCGCAGCCCUCCGCGCUCAAGACGCACAUGAGGAUCCACACGGGGGAGAAGCCCUUUGUGUGUGAUGAGUGUGGGGCCCGUUUCACCCAGAACCACAUGCUCAUCUACCACAGGCGCUGCCACACAGGGGAAAGGCCUUUCAUGUGUGAGACCUGUGGGAAGAGCUUUGCCUCCAAGGAAUACUUGAAACACCACAACCGGAUCCACACGGGAUCCAAGCCCUUCAAGUGUGAGGUUUGCUUCCGGACCUUUGCCCAGCGGAAUUCCCUGUACCAGCACAUCAAAGUCCACACAGGGGAGCGGCCCUACUGCUGUGACCAGUGUGGGAAGCAGUUCACGCAGCUGAACGCGCUGCAGCGGCACCACCGCAUCCACACGGGCGAGAAACCCUUCAUGUGCAACGCCUGCGGCCGGACCUUCACCGACAAAUCCACGCUGCGCCGCCACACCUCGAUCCACGACAAAAACACCCCCUGGAAGUCCUUCCUGGUCAUCGUGGAAGGAGCUGCCAAGAACGACCCGGAGGGGCACAAAACGGAGCUUCCCGACGAGGAGUACGAGGUGUCCCCCAAAAUCCCUGAAAAGCUGCUGUCCUUCCCAGAGAACAGCCCCUACCAGAGCCUGGCAGCAGCCCCAGGAAAUGGGAAUUCCAGCACGGACUGUAAGGCCUCUGGAGCACAGGAAGCCCUGCUGGGAGAACUCGGCGUGCUCCACACGCAGACAGACUCUGGGCAGCCCCAGCUCCAUGCCUUGGUGAACAUGGAAUAAUUCGGGAUUGCCUCCUGCUCCCGAGGCUGCACCCCUUGUGCAGUCCUUGGCCUGGUGGUGGGAAGCUGGGAAGGAGUGGAUUUCCGGCUUUCCUCUGGAAAUUCCUUCCCCAGCUCCUGGUUGAGUAGGGUGGCACCACACACCAGGGAAUUUGUGGGAGUUGAUUCCUUGGGAAUUCAGGGGGUGGCUCAGGUACCUCGGUGGUGCAGGUUUGUUUUCCAGGGAAUUCAGUGCCACACGGACAAUCAGGAGAACUGAUGUUCCUCCAUGACAUUCGCUGCGUUUUCCCCAGUGGAAUUUCAUCCAGGAAAAGUCUGGCUAAAUUCGCUUUUCAGGAAUUGUUGGUUUUUCUCUGCUUUUGCCAAAGAGCCCAAAGAGUGGGAGCAGCUUUGGAGUUUCAGUCCAGGAGUUUGGAGUCUCUGAGCAGCAAAAAGGGGCAGGUGGCAGCCAAGUGCUACUUCCUUGGUUUUGCAAUUCCAUGGAAACCGGAGCAGUCUGGCACUUGGAGCCUGUCCUCACCUUUCCAGCUGUUCCAGCUCCCGUGGAAUUAGGCACUUAGGAGACCAAAACAUCUCCUAGAAUAAAGUCUGGGAAAAGGAGCUGUGCUGGAAAAGGCUCAGUUCAGAGGCUUCUCCUGCUCCAUUUUGGUGGACUUGGAUUUGGGGGAUUUCCCCUGGGCAGGGAAGGAGCCUUGGAGUGUUGUCCAGCUGGGCUGACUCCUGGUUUUUUUUUUCACAACAGCAACUCACUGCUAUGACUUAAUGCUUCAAACCUCGGGAUGGGCUUCCCAGUGUAAAAACCUGCAGCUUUUCCCAUUCCUUUUCCCAUUCCUUUGCCUGUUCCUGUAGUAUUCCCACAGCAAUUCCUCAGCUGAAGCUGUGAGCAGAACUUUGGGAAAGGUAAGCACAAUCCAACCUUGGUGAGAUCCAGCAAUAAAGACCCCCCUCCCCCCCCCCAACCUGUGGCACGGAGCUGUUUUUUGGGAUAAAGGGAUGGCAGAGGCGUUCUCACGGAAUUCUAAGGUGGAAAAAAGGGAAUUUUUGUACCAGAGGACAUUUCCAAGAGGUUAUAUUUGAGGUAUUUAUUCCUUCUGGAGCUCAGUUAUUCCCAAUGGAAGGAAAGGGGUUGUAGAUGUAUUUAAAGGCUGAGCACUUGGAUCUGGAGCCAGGGAACGUUUUGUACUCUGGGAACAUACAGAAGUGAGUUCCUUGUUUGAGCUGUUCCUAUUAAAAUACGGAAUAUGGAGA